AUGGGCCAUGACAGAGUUUCGCUUGAAAGUAUAGCCCUAGAUGACGAGCUCUACGCGAGACAUAUCUGCUCGGAUAAGGGACUCUCAAUGAUAGAUCACGAUGAAGUUUCACUGAUUUCGAUACCCAGAGGAUCUUUCACAGCAUUCAGACUUAGCUAUGCUUCCCCUGUUGAGGUUUCGCUGAGUUCAAAAUCACUGCUUCUUGGCGGAGUGCCCCACUUGUGGUAUGUACAGCACAAAAACAACAUACUGCGAUCGUUGUACGAAUUCACUUUCAAAAGUGCUGCUAGAAGGGUACAAAUGGCUAGCAAAUACGCGAACUCUAUGAGAUCGCCAUCCAGACGGAAGGCACGUCGAGCAAAGAAGGUUACUGCCCAGGAUGAAUGGCUCAACCAAGAGCUUUUUUUGCGGCAGACAAAUAUUGCAGAGGGUUCACAGGCACCUCAAGUUGGCUUCAAUUCUUGGCAGGAUGCCCAUUCUAAGGGCCAUUCAAAAUCUUCACAGUCACGCACGUCGACAGAUUUUAACGAUAGCAUUGCGUUGGGUGUCUUACAAGAAGGGCACGAACACAGAUACUCGAGUAACAGUCGAGAUAGCGAUGCGUACAGUGAUUCGUUAUCGGGUUUAUAUUGCGACCAGGCUCUCCUCAAAGAAACUAAGCGACCUCAAGAUCACGAACGCGAAUCUUGUAAAGACAGCGCUUUUGGUUCGAAAACUUCCAUGGAAUUAAAUCACAACGGAAGUGAGAAAGCAUUGGGAAUAAACCUUGAAUUAAGCACGCGCGAAGCGGAGAUGAACCAUCAAAAGGCUGACGGUGGGUGCGUAAUGUCAAGUUCUGAAAAUCACGAUAAAAUACCGCAGACUUUCCAAGAAUAUAGUCAACACAUUUCGCAUUCCGAUAUAAACUGUUCGCCUGUUUCGGCAAAUAGCAAAGGACUCGUGAAGUUUAAGGUCGAUAAGAGGCCCAAGCGACAUAGUAACUCUUUACUUCUCCACCAAGACACUAGUAAUGAUGAACUGGGACUCAGCGGCGGCGCGAGCAGCUCAGAUGAGGAUGACUCCGUGAUUGAUCUACGUUUAAAAACUUCUGAGAAGAAUAAGCUCAAAUUGUUGAGCCCGGAGCCCUACAAUUUGACACGCCAGCAACUUCAAGAUUUUAGUAACAUAGAGACUCAUCAGCGUGGCUUCGCUGAUAUCAGAAACUUAGCCAACACUGCGGGAAAAAAGAUGCGUCUUGAAAAACUGGAAAGCAAGCUGCUCUCUGACGUGGGCCGCGGAUUAGGUGCAGAUUUGACUAGAUUUUUUAGAAAAUAUCGAGCUGGGGAAAUUGUGAAAAUGGAGAAAAUGAUUGUUUUUGUGAAGGCGUCUACGUCGGCUAAAGGGACUUUGUCAGAAUUCUCUGAAGUAGAGCCGAUCGACACAAGAGUGGUUGACAGAUGGAAGGAGUACAUACUAGUUGCUCGAACCACGGGAGACCCGAAAGCACCUCUUUAUCUGCAAUUUUACAAGGAUCAAAAUAUUCCUGAGGUUGAACAGCAUACUGGACCCCAAGAGAGAUUUAGAGCAAACUCUAUGGACUUCAUGCUAGAUGUAUCUUGUAUGGUUGGAUUCUACAACACACUGGACAAAACAAUUCAUGUGAUCAAACGAAUUUCCCCGACAGUAGAUGGGAACAAAGGCUUUCUCGGGAACGACCCUGAGAACCCUGAAAAGCUAAGGAUUUACCUUCUUAAAUGCUGCUCCACAGCUUCAGCGGAAAACUGGCUUCUCUUUUUCCAACGGUCAUUGGGCUUGUUUAGUCUUCCCAAGAGAGUUACAAUUAAUAUACCAGAAGCACCAGCUACCUUAGAUAUUCCACUGCCCACAGAACUUCGGGACCAUCUAGAUAAACGCACAUAUGUCGAAGAAGAGGAAUUGAAAUUGCUGAACUUGCCAAGAGGAUACAAGCCAAUAUCAUUUCCUUUAACAAGAUACCUAGAACUCAUCAUUGUGAACAAACUACUCCAGAGUGGUUAUGUCAAGUCAAUUUCGAAAUGGGCCCACGCAAAUAUAAUAACAGGGCUGUGCUGGAAACACUAUGAUAGGUUAGAGUGGUGCUCUCGAGAUCAAUAUGAACUGACAGUGGGGGGUAUGGCCCUGCGAAACUCACAUUCACUGGAAUUUAGGUCGGUCAUUCACUAUCCGCGGAGUGUAAAGUUGAACAGUGGAGAGACUCUGACCGAACCGUGUGGCGUUGAGGGAUUUCUAAUGAAAUGUACCGACAGGUAUGGAAGAGAGACCGAAAAUAUAUUCCACACAGCUUACUAUCGAUUCUUAUACUUUUUCAGUUCUGAUGGGUUAUUGUUUUUCAUGAAUUCCUUCAAGGGACUACCACCUCUUCCAGACCAUUUUCUGAGCAAAUCGGAAAACUGCUCCUAUGACAUCGGGGAGGUAGAAAAGGAAAUGAUAAAUAUACCGAAGGCAUAUGAACACAACCCUUACCCGCUAGACUUGAAUAACCACAUACAAUGGUUGGAAGAAAACAUGAAUCCGAAGGAUUUCGAAGAGAAAGAUAACGUUGCACUAACCGCUAUGUGGAGAAAGAUAGCCCACAUCAUCAAAGCAGACAAGGUCAUUGAUUUAACGGAAGUGGUAUCGGUUUGCAAACUCAAGCCUGUUAAGGAACAAAAAAACACCUUGAGAUUCAAAAUUUUAGCCCGCGCCAACAAUUUUGUGUGGAAGACAUCUCGAUCGGUUGAUGACACCAUUAACUCUAUUUUUACGUUAUCCAUGAGUAAUGGCCUACAUGUACGACUUUUAGCUCCCUCUCCCGAAGUAGCGGAUAUAUGGGUCUCGAAACUAAGUUCACUAAGCGUUUACUGGAAGCACCGAAAAGCGGAGGAUACAAGAUCAAUGUGGUCGGCCAAGGUAGAAAAUCUCAACUAUCUGAAGAUGCCGGAAUCCGAGGAAUCUAAUAUAAGCGAAAAUACACCAAAAUGGGUUACAGAUAGAGGAGUCGCCAAUGAUGAAAUUCACAACGCAAGCGCACAAGCCAUCAUGAGGCCAAUAAUAUCGAAUGGUGUUCUAUAUCAAAAGAAUCACAAACAUUCCACCUUCAAAAAGUUUUUUGUUAUUCUAACUCCUGGCUAUUUGAUUCUCUAUCAGUACUUUAAAAGCGGUAAAAUAAACUAUUCAAAGAAGGUUUGCGACCAUCGCCACCACGUUACUAUCCCUAUUGAAGAAUGCUACGUAUAUUCCGGUAACUUGACGUCUUUGGACCUAUUGGAACGCGAUAAGCAGUUUGAUUACUUGAAUCCGGGCAAAAAACCUCUCCCUCGAGUCUACUCUGAUGGUUGGAGAUCUAGCGAGAGCGAAGGUACAAGGUGUUUUACUCUGUGGUUCGGAACGAAAAGAGCUGUCUCUAACUACAGCUUCUUGUUUAGCCAAAGCUCUAACACUCGUUGGCGAACAGCAAGCUCGACAGACACUCUUGGUGCUACCUCACCAAAAGCAGAUUGUGCCAAGUCUAAAAAAAGAACAUCUGAGACUGGCGAGCUAAGCAUGGAAGACGACUUGAAGAAGAACCCUGGCUUUAUCCAUCUGGCUACUAGGCUUGGUGUGUCUGGCCGGGCAUUAGUUUUCAUGGCACGCUCGAGACAAGAAAGGGAUCAAUGGGUUCUAAGAAUUCAUUCUGAACUAGAGAGAUUGAGAAAUGGCCCAGAGUACUAG